AUGAGCUUGAGGCAAGCUACGCAGCAUUUGAACAGUCGCAGCUCGUGUCUCCGGAGCUCAUACGCCGAGAUAUCGCGAUUCGUUCGUACGCGCAAUCACGGGACCGCAUUCCGAGCCUCAGCAGCAUGUUCGCAAACAUCAAUUCGCAAAAUCGGCACUGUAAUCAGACCGGAUUCCAAGGCCAAAGAGGCUUUAGAUCAAUAUAGAACAACAUAUUGGAGUGCUCUUGCUAAGCUAUCUCCCGUAUGGGAGACAGUAAGGCCUGGCUCCGAGGUGGCAUUCUGUGGGUACCUGCAGACACGACGUGAUGUGAACAAAAAGCUUUCCUUUACCGUGUUGCGCAACAUAAAGCAAAACCUUGCAAUCCAAAUUGUCUCGAAUGCCAACGUGGAAGGUAGCGUGGAGGCAGAAGCGCACAAUCUGUUGAAAACACUACGAGAAUGGACACCUGUAGUUAUCAAGGGCAUCAUGAAGGAGCGCACAGCACCUCCCAAACAAGACCCGAAUGCUACUACAUCCCAAGGCAAUACUCUAAUGAUGAACACGCGGGAGAUUGCCUUGACAGCUAUCACUCCGCUCAACGAGGUUCCCAAGGAUAUUAUCAUAAAGAGUGAGGCAGUGUAUGGACCUGAACAGCGCCAUCUGCAGCUUCGCACCGAUUGGUCAGCGCGAGGUCGCCUUAUUACACGGAGCACUACCAUCCACGAAGCAAGGAAAUUGUUGCAUGCGCGAGAGUUUGUAGAGAUUGAAACGCCACUUCUCUUCAAGUCAACGCCCGAGGGGGCACGCGAAUUUCUAGUGCCGACACGAAACAAGGGUCUCGCCUAUGCAUUGCCUCAGAGCCCGCAGCAGUAUAAGCAGAUUCUGAUGGCGUCUGGGUUCCCCAAAUACUAUCAGUUUGCAAGAUGUUUCCGCGACGAGGACUUGAGAGCAGAUCGUCAACCAGAAUUUACGCAGCUUGAUAUGGAGAUGUCAUUCGCGGACGAAGAGACGGUAAUGACAGAGAUUGAGGCUCUGGUUAGCAAAAUUUGGUCAACUUUUACCAAGGCACCCGUAACGCCGUUUCCACGAAUGACUUACCACGAGGCAAUGUCAUCCUAUGGCUCAGACAAACCGGAUCUUCGUUAUAGCGCAAAGGUAAAACCCGAUUUUAUCGGUAAAAUAACAUCACUCAAGCAUCCUGCCAUCGACGCGUUCAAGAUGCAGCUUUCAGAUGACCCAGCCACGAACCGCAAGUUCAUCGCCGACUUCUUCGACAGUCCAGAAGGCGCUCCUUUCCUCCAAAACCCCGACGGCCAACCCGCCACCUUCUGCGGCGACGCCCGUCAGCCCAUGGGUGGUCUAGGGCCUCUCGGGCACCGCUUUGCAAUGGAAGCACCUGCCGAAGUAGCGGCCGAUCACGGAGACCUCCUUGUGAUGCAAGCACGCCCUCACGGUCGCUUCACCGGCGGAUCCACCACGAUCGGGAACCUGCGUCUUGCACUGUACAAAGCUGCAGCUGCCCAAGGUCUGAUCGAGCCACCACGCUGGAACGAUUAUCGAUUCGUCUGGAUCACAGACUUCCCACUCUUCUCGCCUACAAAUGAAGCAGAGCCAGGCCAAGGUGGUACGGCUGGCCUGGCGUCCACACACCAUCCCUUCACGGCACCCAAAACCGCUUCUGAUCUCGACCUGCUUCUUAUAGACCCCACAAAAGCAAUCGCGGCACACUACGACAUCGUCGUGAACGGUGUGGAGCUUGGCGGCGGUAGCCGUCGUAUCCACAAUGCUGAGGUGCAAGAGUUCAUCUUCCGCGACGUGCUGAAGAUGAAGCCGGAACGGAUCGAGGACUUCAGGCAUUUGCUAGAUGUGCUGAGAAGCGGAUGUCCGCCGCAUGCGGGGAUUGCACUGGGGUGGGACCGUCUGAUGACGUUGUUGACAGGAUGUGAGAGCGUGAGGGAUGUCAUUGCAUUCUCAAAAAGCGGUAGUGGAGAGGAUGCUUUGGUGAAGAGCCCGAACAGGGCCACGAAGGAGCAGUGGGAGGCAUAUCAUCUGAAAGUAGCAGAGGAGUCUGCUCAGGGAAAGGCAUGA